AUGCCAGGAGGCUCCAGCAUCGGCUUGAGCCGUCCCUCGAUAGCCACGCCCUUCGCACGACAGCAGCACAAGCGUGAUCUCAGCGGGUUUCUCGACGGCGGGACGAAAUACAGCACGCGGCGGCAGGGUGGAGCUGGGACGGCGUUGCUGAGCUGGAGAACAUUGCGCUAUGCUGCUGGACUGGUCGUCGUAGCCGUCCUGUUCUUCGUGUGGACGUACGAGGUGCACGUCGAGAUCCAGCUCUUCUCGCGCGGAUGGGUUCGCCAGUCGAUUCUUCCCGUCCGCCCCGCCUCGUCCUCCUGCUUCGACCCCUCUCGAAUCGCAUCGUCCUCCUACAACACCUCUCUCGCCCGAGCCCCGGCCUUCGUCGACGUUCAUGCGGGCAUGAACAUGCCUCUCGGCCGGGACUGCUACGACUUUGCGGCGACCUUGCCUCGAAAUCCUCUUCCGGGCAUGGUCCUCCCUGAACACACAAUCUUCCACACCUACUGGCGAAACGACCUCCUCCCUCUGUCCGACCGGCAAAUAGCACUCCUCCAUUCCAUACUCGCGACACAGAAUCGCGAUACCACCUCGGUCAUCCUCUGGACGAACGCGCCGCAGCCUUCCGCCCUUACCGACCUUCCCAUCCUCCGACCCCUCCUCGAGCUCUACGGAGACCGCCUCUCCGUCCGAUCCGUCGACAAGCAUGCGCUGGCGCGUGGUACGCCGAUGGAAGGACACAAGCUGCUCGACAUGGCGGACAAGCAGGCUUGGGUCGACGGAGACCUCGUCCGGAUCCUCGUGCUCAACUAUGUCGGAGGGAUCUGGGUCGAUUUUGAUACGAUUUUAACGGGGAGGGAUCUGCGGGUGCUGGGGGAGCACGAGUGGGUGACGCAGUGGGAUUGCUACGACAAAGUCUACCAACCCUUGAACGGCGCCAUGAUGCACUUCUACCGCCAAUCGCCCUACCUCUGCGAGAUGCUCCACCAAAUGGCGACCUCGCCUCCUCCCGCGCGCAACUCGGUCGACUGGGGUUCGCGUCUGUACCAUAAAGUCUGGCGCUCACUCGUAGCGCAGGGCACCAAGCCCUUCAAGAUCCUUCCCUACUGCUUCACCGACGGCGUCUCGUGUCGACUCGACAACCGCCUGCCGGACCCGUUUGGCGAGCGAGGGGCGGAGAAGAGGUGGGGCAAGGGAAGGUGGGAGGACGUCGAGAGCAAGGUCAAGAACGUGUGGGCUGUCCAUCUGCACAACAGGUGGGACAAGCAGUUCCCGAAGGGAGGGUGGGUCGACGAGAUGAUCCUCAAGCCGGUCAACGAGCGGGUUGAGCGGUAUCGAGCGGGUGUAGGCAUGUAA